AUGGAUAAAUACGAACAUGUUGGUUAUUUAGGAAAAGGAUCAUUUGGUUGUGUAUCAAAGAUUAAAAGAAAGGAAGAUGGAAGAAUAUUAGUUUGGAAAGAAAUCAAUUAUGGAGAGAUGAAGGAAAAGGAGAAGCAACUCUUGGUCAACGAAGUAAACAUUCUUCAAAAGUUGAAACAUACAAACAUUGUAAGAUACUAUGACCGUAUCAUCGAUGCUCAUCAAACCAAAAUAUACAUCAUCAUGGAGUACUGUGUAGGUGGUGAUCUUGGUCAACUCAUUCAAAAGUGUAAAAGUGAUCGUCAACCAAUUGAAGAAGAAGUAAUUUGGAGAACAUUACUUCAAAUCUUGUCUGCAUUGCAUGAGAUUCACAACCGAAAGGAUGGAGUCAUUUUACAUCGUGAUCUCAAACCUGGUAACUUGUUCUUGGAUGACCGUGGUAACAUCAAGUUGGGUGAUUUUGGAUUGGCAAAGAUCCUCACUGGUGGUGCUCAACAUGCUCAAACUUUUGUCGGAACACCACAUUACAUGAGUCCAGAACAAAUCUAUUCAAAGCCAUACAAUGACAAAUCCGAUGUUUGGUCGGUCGGUUGUCUCAUCUAUGAAAUGGCUACUUUCAAACCACCAUUCCAUGAAGCAGUUACACAUAACCAAUUGUAUGAUAAGAUUAAACAAGGUGUUUACGAUCCAGUUCCAAAUUACUAUUCCAAAGAUUUAUCUGAUGUUAUUUCUAAAAUGAUGACUCUUGAUAAUCAUAAAAGACCAUCUGUACAUGAUUUAUUGCAUACAUUUGCUCCAUUGGCAUUGAGAUACAAGGAGAAGAAAAUCAACCAAAUGUACCAAAAUAUGAAACAAGUAGAAGACGAGUUGAGACAAAGAGAAAGAGUUGUUGUGGAACGUGAGAAUAAUCUCCAACUCAAGGAACAACAAUUACUUCAAAAAGAACAACAAUUACUUCAAAAGGAGCAACAAUUAAUUUUAUUGUUACAACAACAUCAAUCAUCUGGUAAAGAAAAUAUUGAUCAAAAUAGAAUGAAUACUAUACAACAACAAGGAGGACAACCACAACAAAAACCAAUAUUGCCAUCACAACCAUCGCAAUCAUCAUUGUUGCCAACACAACAACAAUAUCAACAACAAACAACUUCAACAACAAACUAUCAAACAUCAUUCACUCAACUUAAAAGAACUCAAACUUUACCUGAAUUCUACAAUUACAAUAUUAUAAUCAAUCUUUCUUGUCUAUCUUAUUUGUGUGAUGAUCAUCAUCAUCGCCCACAUUACAUUUACGUCGACGCAUCUUGA